AUGGUUUGUGUUGGGUCCAAGGAAAUUAGACCCAAGGGGAGCACAAGAAAUGGCUUGGGAGAUGGUGGUUUAGAUGAGAGCUCACACAAGAAGAGGGCAAGGAAGGAUAAGAGCGAGAAACCCCGGAAAGGAGGUCACAGCUCGAGUAAAGGACCUUCUGUAGGGAAACCUCGGCAUGGGAAGGAUAGGAAGCAGAGGAGCGAUGAUGGGAAGAAAGGGAAAGGGCGAGGAAAGGACCAUCAUUCAGGAAGCUCUGUGAUGGUGAAUCCCAGGACCAGGAACCUCAACAAUCAGGACGGGUUACCAUCCUCAAAUACAUCAAAACCAGUACAAAAUGUUCUUAGGAAAAGAGUUGAUCCUGAAACUACAAAGUACUUUAUGGAGAUCUCAAAUCUCUUUGAUAACAAGGAGAUUGAUUUUGAAGAGCGCUCGACUAUAUGCGCUAAUGCCUUAGAAGAAACUAGAGGGAAAGAGCUUGAACUUGCCACCGAUGCUGUUAUAAGCCACACCUUGCAGGUUCUUAUAGAAGGCUGUGAGUUGGAGCAGUUAUGCACAUUCCUCCGCAAUUGUAUCGACUAUUUUCCGGUCAUUUCCAUGGACAAAAAUGGGUCGCAUGUGACCGAAGCAGCUCUCAAGUCACUCACAACACAUCUUGAAGAUGAAACCUCCAGGGCCAUGAUAGAAGGGAUACUGAACAAAAUAUGCAAGGUUAUUUCUGCAGAUGCUGCUAAUGUGAUGUCCAGCUGCUAUGGAUCACAUGUUCUCCGCACUCUACUUUGUCUUUGUAAGGGUGUUCCGUCAGAGUCUCUUCAAGACUUCCACACUACUAAGAGAUCUGCUGUUCUCGCUGAGCGGUUGAGUUGUGGGACAAAUCAACCUAGUGGACAUGUUCCAAAGAAUUUUGAAAAUGGUUUCCCAGGCAUAUUUAGGUCUUUCGUCAGAGAAAUGCUACAUAAUGCAAAAGCAGACAUUGCAACAUUGCGAGUUGACAAGAACAGUAGCCUUGUUUUACAGACUGCACUGAAGCUAUCGUCUGGUGAUGAUAAUGAAUUGCAUCAUAUAAUAUCAAUACUUCUUGGUUAUGAUGAAUAUAACACCGUACAGAAGAGAGAUUGCAGUGAAAAAAAGGAGGAGAUUGUUACUUUACUUGAAGAGAGUGCUUAUAGUCAUCUCUUGGAGGUGAUUGUGGAGGUUGCCCCAGAGGAAUUGCGCAAUGGUGUGCUUGCAGGUAGUCUGAAGGGUGCAUUAUUUGCCAUCUCAUCUCACCACUGUGGCAACUAUGUGGUUCAAGCUUUCAUAUCAUCUGCUAAAACCUCAGAUCAGAUGAAUCAAAUAUGGGAGGAACUUGGUCCAAAAAUGAAGGAAUUGCUUGAACUAGGUAAAACAGGGGUUGUAGCUUCCAUCUUAGCGGCAUGCCAGCGGCUUGAAACUUAUCGCCUUGAGAGUACUCAAGCUCUCGCUGCAGCGUUAAGUUCAGAUUCUGAGUCUCCUGAUAGCAUUGUUGCACGUAUACUUUUUCUUGAGAGCUACCUACAUGAGAGAUCUUAUUGGAAAUGGACUCAUGGUGCAAAGAUGAGCAUUCUGGGUUGCUUGAUGCUGCAAUCUAUUUUCCAAUACCCGCAUCAAUAUAUUCGCCCAUAUAUCGCAAGCUUGCUGGCCAUCGGGGAUGAUCAGAUCCUCCAAAUUUCCAAGGAUUCAGGAGGUAGCCGUGUUCUUGAGUCUUUUCUAGGUUCAAGUGCCACUGCAAAGCGUAAAUUUAAAGUUUUUGGAAAGUUGCAAGGUCAUUAUGGAGAGAUUGCUAUGAAUCCUUCUGGCUCAUUCUUAGUAGAGAAGUGCUUUACUGCCAGUAACUUUUCUCAUAAAGAGGCUAUAGUGGCAGAGCUGUUGGCUGUGCAGUCUGAACUAUCUAAAACAAGACAUGGGUUCCACUUGCUAAAGAAGCUGGAUGUCGAUAGAUAUGCUAGGCGACCUGAGCAGUGGAGAGCUAGUCAAACUUCAAAAGAAACAACUCAAAAGAAGUUUGAGGCGGAAUUUGGCUCAAACAGUAAAUCUACUGGGCAGAAUAUCAAAGAAAAGUUCUCUCAAAGUCCCAUGAAGAAACGUAAGCAGAAAGAGAAGGCUGACAGAAUUACUGAGGAUGCCAGGAGCAACAAAUCAGAUUUCUCUCAGAAAGAAAACAGUAAGAGGCCAAAAUCUGCCAAGGCAUCUUCUGAGAAAGGAUCAAGUGGCAAGAACCCCCCGAGUGAAGGCGCUGGUGCUAGUGCCAGCAUGGUGUUCUUGAAGGGCUCUGUCAAGAGGAAAUCCCCAGGUUUCCUUUCAGAUAAACCGAGCCUCAAGAAACAAAAACAUCACAAACCUGUUUCUGGUAGACCAGAUGGCAAACCUUUUGUUCGAGAUAGUGGUACUAGCGCACCGUUUGUCAAGAAUGCUGGCAAACAGAAACAGUCCAUUGCUGAGCUCGCAGACCUGGCUGAGCGCGGUCCAAGAUGUUUCCUGUCUCCUAGUUCAAAGCUUGUCCAGAUCGACUAUAAAAUAUUGUUAGGUUUUGAGCUCUUCCUCCUUUGUUUCCGCCAGAUGACGAAGAAGAGUUGCUUUGGGAGGGCUGCUUGUGCUCCCCACCAGGACCAGUCCAAGAUCAGGGGAGAAGCAAGCCAAGCAACGAAACAUAGACAGAGCAGCAGUUCAGGCCCAAACGCUCAUCCAAAGAAGACAUGGAAGAAGUACCUGACGUUCCUGUCCAAGUUUCAGAACAAGAUGAAGCACAAGAAACCAGACGCCAGGGCACCCAGCAGCUUCAAGCAGGGGAGCCCUAAGCGGUCCAGCAGCGCAAUGCUGGAAGAGUGCGUCAAUCUGGUCCGCGUGAUCCGGCGCACGGCGGCAGAUUGCUUUGCGUCUGCGGUGGCUGGCGGAGAUGAAGAAGACGAGCUGCCUUGUUACAUGCAGCUUGACCAGGUGAGCUACGGGGUGAAAAGGGAGGCCUACGGUCCUAUCUACCUGGUCACAUAG